AUGAGAGCUCCACUUUGUGUCACCUCCAUAUUCUUCUUCCUCCUCUGCUUCUUAUAUGAGCUCUCUUCUUCUAAGUCAGUAUUUUACUCUCCAGAAAGUCUUACAGUCUCAAGCAACCAAACCCUUGUGUCUCCUGGAAAUGUCUUCGAGUUAGGUCUCUUCAAACCCAAUGAGUCCAUUUCUCGUUGGUAUCUUGGGAUAUGGUACAAGGAAGACCCAAAGAGAACUAGUUUAUGGGUAGCCAACAGAGUUAAACCUCUCACCAAACCUGUCGGAACCCUCAAAUUCUACGGCAACAACCUCGUCCUGUUCGAACAAGAUAAUAUCCCUGUAUGGAAGACCAAUCUGACCGGAGGAGGUGUGAGGUCUAGUAUGGUGGCUGAACUUUUCGAUAAUGGCAACUUCGUGGUGAAGGACUCCAGCGACCCGGAAGGUUACUUAUGGCAGAGCUUCGAUUCUCCAACGGAUACUUUACUACCCGAGAUGAAACUCAAAAUGCCGACCCUUUCUAGUGAAGAUGAUUCGCGACAAAUCCUCUAUCCCUGGUCUAGUCCAGGAGACCCCUCACCCGCAGAAUUUUCCUUUGAAAUUCGGAAAGAAGCUAACAUAAUUGCAAUUUUUAUUGAGGGGCACGAACUCGAUGCAUCAUGCAUGGAACGGGUACCAAUUUGGGGACAUGCCCCCAGUGUUCGAGCUAAAGGAAGGUUGGUUAGUAAUGAAGACCCUCCAAAGCAGCAGCUACUCGAGGUUGACAAUACGGCAGGGCGUACUUUAUGA